AUGGCAGCCCCAAGUGUGACGAUUGGUGUGCUUGCGUUGCAGGGUGCGUUUCGGGAGCAUCUACGUGCUCUAUCAGAGUUUGAGGGUGUGUCUGCGCUGCCAGUUCGCACCAAGGAGCAAUUGGCCACUGUCGACGCGCUAGUGAUUCCUGGUGGUGAAAGCACUACCAUGGGGCUGGUGGCGGAGCGGUCGGGCCUGCUCGAAGAACUCCGGGCCAUGACGCGUGCGCGCCAGAAGCCCGUAUUUGCCACCUGUGCUGGGCUCAUCAUGCUGGCACAACGAGCCCAGCACGAGAAAACGGGUGGGCAACCGCUACUGGGUGGGCUGGAUGUGGUAGUGGAUCGCAACUUUUUUGGCACACAGCUGCAGAGCUUUGAAGCAACGAUGGACGUGCGCCUGCCUGGCGAUGAAGCCGCAUCAACCUGCCACGCGGUCUUUAUCCGGGCUCCGGCCAUCCUUGAGGUGGGAAUACGUGUGGAGGUCCUGGCAACCCUACCCGUGGACAAGUCGCCGCGGCCACUCGAGAAGCCCUGUAUCGUGGCUGCUCGCCAAGGCCCUUUUCUUGUUACAGCCUUUCAUCCGGAGCUUACCGCGGAUCGACGCUGGCAUGCAUAUUUCGUGGAUCAAGUUCGAGCCACUAAAGGCUAA